AUGCAUUAUACUGCAGGAAACCCCGUUCAGUCUUCCUUUCUCAACAUGGCACCGAAGGUGAAGAAGGAAGCUGUCCCUGCCAAGACUGAGGCCAAGUCAAAGGCUCUGAAGGCCAAAAAGGCUGUGCUCAAAGGCGUACACAGCCAGAGGAAGAAGAAAAUUAGGACUUCUCCCACCUUCCGGCGCCCCAAAACCCUCCGUCUCCGCAGGCAGCCCAAGUAUCCUCGCAAGAGUGCUCCUCGUAGGAACAAGUUGGAUCACUAUGCCAUCAUCAAGUUCCCCUUGACAACAGAGUCCGCUAUGAAGAAGAUUGAAGACAACAACACACUUGUGUUCAUUGUGGACGUCAAGGCAAACAAACACCAGAUCAAACACGCUGUCAAGAAGCUGUACGACAUCGACGUCGCCAAAGUCAACACACUCAUCAGGCCUGAUGGUGAGAAGAAGGCGUACGUUCGUCUCGCACCUGAUUAUGAUGCGUUGGAUGUUGCAAAUAAGAUUGGCAUCAUCUAAACUAUGGCUGAAGAGACUUGUGGACGAAUAAAUAUUUGUAUAAACUAAAACUGAUUCGGUCUCCUUGUCUAUUUGUGAUUUGUCUUGAUACAUGGAUACACAGUUUCAUAGAAGAAAGGUUUUCCCUGCUUUUACAGUUGCUGCCUGAGUUACACUUUUUCAGGAUAUGUAAGAUUUGGCAGCUGCGAAAUGUGAAUACAGUUUGAUUAAAAAAAAAAAAAAAAAAAAAA